AUGGCUGUAGCUCGCCAUCUUGCCCAGCUGGGCAUGGAGUUGAUGCGACGAGGGAGCAGCGAUGAGGAGGAUGCGGAACCUGAAGAGGGUGAUUCCGCCAAGAAGGAGCUCUUUGCAGCAUGGGCUCUCUUCAUAUCCAUCAUGCUGCUCAUCGUCGCAUUCUUCACCAGUUAUCUGCUGCAGCAGAAGAAGGUGACGGCUAUUCACGAGACAGUCAUCUCCAUCUUUGCGGGAAUGACGGUCGGCCUCCUCCUCGUCAUCACACCCGGCGACUCGAUCCGAAACCUCAUCAGCUUCGACUACCAGAUCUUCUUCAACCUGCUGCUGCCGCCCAUCAUCCUGGCGUGCGGGUACGAGCUGCACCAGGCCAACUUCUUCCGGAACCUGGGCACCAUCGUCACCUUUGCCUUUGCCGGCACCUUCCUCUCGGCCGUCGUCAUCGGCGUCAUCCUGUGGCUGUUCGCCUUCAUCCCCGGAUCCGUCGACAUGACGUUUGUCGACGCCAUCUCCGUCGGCGCCACCCUGUCCGCCACCGACCCCGUCACCAUCCUGGCCAUCUUCAACGCCUACAAGGUCGACCCCAAGCUGUACACCAUCAUCUUUGGCGAGUCCGUCAUGAACGACGCCAUCGCCAUCGUCAUCUUCGAGACGGCGCAGAAGUACAAGACGGGCGAGUCGGCCGACUACGGCGCCCUCACCUUUAUCGAGUUCGCCGGCAUCUUCCUCCUCAUCUUCUUCGGCAGCCUGCUCAUCGGCGUGCUCGUCGGCGUCGGCACCGCCCUGCUCCUCAAGUUUACCUAUGUCAGGCGCUUCCCCAAGAUUGAGAGCUGUCUGAUUGUCCUGAUUCCUUACGCCACCUACUUCUUCUCCCACGGCCUCAAGAUGUCCGGCAUCGUCUCCCUCCUCUUCUGCGGCAUCACGCUCAAGCACUACGCCUACUUCAACAUGUCGCGGCGCACGCAGCUCACGACCAAAUUCGUCUUCCAGAUCAUGUCGCAGCUCUCGGAGAACUUCAUCUUCAUCUACCUGGGCCUGGCCCUGUUCACCGACAAUGCGCUCCAGUUCCAGCCGCCGCUCAUCAUCGUCACCAUCUUUGCCGUGUGCGCGGCCCGCUGGGUGUCGGUGUUCCCGCUGUCCCGCCUCAUCAACUGGACGAUCCACUACCGCGCCAGGCGUCGCGGGCUCGAGGUGGAGGACGAGCUCCCCUACAAGUACCAGGCCAUGCUGUUCUGGGCCGGACUCCGCGGCGCCGUCGGCGUCGCCCUGGCGGCCCUCCUUACCGGGGAGAACUCGUAUGCGCUACGCGCGACGGUGCUGGUGGUUGUGGUGCUGACCGUCAUCAUCUUUGGCGGCACGACGGCGCGCAUGCUCGAGAUCCUGGGCAUCCGCACGGGCGUUGUCGAGGAGAUCGACAGCGACGACGAGUUCGACAUCGAGUCCUUCGGCGGCGGCUUCCACGUCAAGCGCAGCGGGUCGGCCAUGGGCUUCAACCCCCGGGGCGGCAGCCUCAGCGGGGCCCAGGUCGCGCUGUCCAACCUGGAGGCGCCGCCUCGGCCGGCCAGCUUCAUGUCGGGCGCGUCGUCGCCUGCGGUGCGCGCCGCCGGGAGCCUCAGCCGCAAGAACUCUGCGCGCGGCGGCGAGUUUGAGCGCACCGAGCUCCUGGGCCGCGCCCCCGACGACUCGGACCUCGGCAGCGACAUCGACACGUCGGACCUGCCCCCGCCGGCCCGCCGACCUGCCAGCGUGUCGGCGGCCGCGACGACGGCGACGGCGCAGCCUGGCACCAGCGCGUUCAUGAGUGCAGCCGGGGAGGCGUCGGCUGCCGGCGGUGCCGACAUCACGGCGGCCACGUCCUCGUCCCGGGCCGGGACGCCCUUCACCACCGCUACGGGCGCCUUCAGGCAGCUGUGGGCGGCGGAGGACCCGGCUGGCCUCUUCAGGCAGCUAGACGAGGGCUACAUCAAGCCCAGGCUCCUGCUCAACCCGGACGGCAACAGCAGUAGCAGGGGAGGAAGCCAUCAUCAUCACCACCACCAUCAUCAUAACCGUGGUGGUGGUGGUGGUGGUGGUAGCAAUGGUAGUUUCGGGGGUGGGCCGCCGAGCUAG